AUGUCUCUCGACUCCGUCACCAGCGGUCUCGGGCGCGGGCUGCCUGUCAACAAAGUCACCGACACAGCCUCCAACACGGUCCACUCUACCGCCCAGCAACCUGCUGCGCAAGUGCACGAGACAGUGAAACCCCUCAUCAACCCGGUCAUCCCAGGCGAAUUCCCCCCGGACGACGGGCCGCGCAACACCAAGGAACCCGCCCCGGAGAUCAACUUCCGCGGCAUCUGGGCCGCGUUCAGCCAGUGGUUUCACUCGCUGGUCCCGCAGGCCUUGGACGGCUUCGAGUGGGCGGUUCAAUGGCUGGUGAAUAGGCUGCUGCCGCCGCCGAAGCAAGCGGCCAUGUACGAGGCGGCGCUGAAGCGGCCCAUCGCGUCGACGUUCCUCGUGUGCCAGAUGAUCUGUUGUGGUGUCCCGCUCCUGGUAUUUCUAGCGGGUCUGUUCGUGUUUGCGGCUGUUGCGUUGGUGUUGUGGGCGGUGCUGUCGGUGCUUAUCCUCGGGCCGAUCCUGCUCGUGGCUAGUAUGAUGGGGGUGUCGCUGUGGGGCUGGGGGUGGGUUUUAUAUGGGCUGGUGAAGUGGGUGGAUCAGCGGUUCUUGGGCGGGAUGAUUACGCGCUUUUGGUUGCCGAAGAUGCAGGAGCAAGGGGAAAAUGAGAAGGAUGGGGGUGAUGGGGAUGCUGGGGAGGAUGAGGCUACGGGGGAUGGAGCGACAGACGAGGCGCAGAAGAAGAACAGUUGA